AUGGAUGAUUUUAAUGAUUGGAUUCACCAAGGGGGUCUUAUGGAAAUGGCUACGAAAGGGAGUGUUUUCACUUGGUGUAAUGGGCAGUCGGGUUUGGCCCACUCGUGGGCGUGGCUUGAUCACGCUCUAACAAAUAGUUCUUUCAUUAAUUUGUUUCCUAAUGCUAUUUGUUCUUAUUUGUCGUGUUCUACUUCAGAUCAUGCUCCCAUGUUCAUCGAGUUCAAAAAAGAUCCUUUCUCUUAUGGGCCGGCUCCGUUUCGUUUCCAACAAAUGUGGGUGGAUCAUCAUGGUUUCCUAGAUUGUGUUAAGUUUGCUUGGAAUUUACGGGUGAAAGGUUCUGUGUUACAGAUUUUAAGCAGGAGAUUAAAACAGACAAAGGUGAUAAUGCUUCAGGAAUGGAACAAAAGGGUAUUUGGCUGCACUUUGGGUCGUAUUGAUGCCCUUGAAAAACAAGUUGAGGUGAUUGAACAACAACUUCAAACGAAUUGGGAGGUAAAUUUGGAGAGGGAUCUACAAGAGGCAGUCUCGGAUCUAGCUAGUUGGAGGCGCCGGGAAGAGAUCAGAUUGGCACAAAUGACUAAGUCGAAAUGGAAGGUGGAGGGCGAUCGUAACUCAAAGUUUUUUCAUGCUUGUCUUGCUAACAAGAGAAUCAAAAGAGUGCUAGAAAUAAGAUCGAAUGAGGUGGUUCAUGAGAGUCCAGAAAGCAUACACCAAGGGGCAGUUGAGUUUUUUCAAACCUCACUUCAAGGAGAACCACUCGUAGAACAACCUAGACUGGAAGGGCUCAUUGAUCCGAUCAUUUUAGAGGAGGACAAUGUCUCCCUGCUUCACCCACCUACGCUAGAGGAAGUGUUUGAGGCCUUGUCAUCCAUUCCAAAUCACAGUACUCCGGGCCCUGAUGGUCAGAGGUCGGUGCGGGUUCUUCAACAAAUUCUGAGUCAAUAUGAGAGGUGGUCGGGACAAACUAUCAAUGUUCAGAAAUCUGCUUUGUAUUGUUAA